AUGACACCGAGUCAUUAUCCACUUACUGAUACUGAGUAUUCGACUUUUGCCUUAAACUGUACCACUAAAAACAAUAAGACUCUUCAGGAUAGUCAGAUAUGUGACGGAGUGGUCGACUGCCAGGCUGAGAAAGAUUCUAAUCAGCUAGAUGAGAAGUUUGAGUUGUGUUUUAAAAAAGUCUGUGAAGGCGAGAACUUCUUUCGCUGCACCUAUGGAGGAUGUCUGAAUGGAACUUUGAAGUGCGAUGGAAAGAUCGAUUGUUGGGAUGGAAGUGAUGAGAAUAAGUUCUUGUGCUUGGAAGAUGCAAAUCUGCUGAAUGAGUACGAAGACCUCAAAGGGGAUUGCGUAGAUGAGGAGCUGUUCGAUUGCAAGGGAUCGUGCCUUAACUGGAGUCAGGUGUGCGAUGGACAGGCUGAUUGCAAGGACGGCAGCGAUGAGGAUGGGACACUUUGUGCGGCCUUCGAGUGUCCGCCGCCGUCGUUCAGAUGUCUCUAUGGAGCCUGCGUUAGCCCGAAUGCAUUGUGUAAUCAUAUUCCCGAUUGCGUUGAUGGAUCCGAUGAAAUGGCCGAGAUUUGCCUGACCGAAAAGCCAGGUCACUCAGUUGAUAAUCAAAUCGCCACCUGGAAAGUGAGGCACUGCAAGCUAGACGACCCAUCCAAAUCUCUUGUGGUUGAGAACUAUGUAGGUGGCACCACAUUCCAGCGGAAUGCCAAUGUGCCUGACAAGACCGUAGUCCAUCUAAGUUGCCUCAAUGGACAUGGUCUUAUUGGCCAGGAAAAGAACAUUUGCGAUGGCGACAAGUGGCGAUAUCCGUUGGCCAAGUGUGUUCCCCAGUGCAAGCACACUGGCAGUAUAAUCCACACAAGCCAGUGCAUCCUGGAUGGUCACCUAAUCGAUUGUGAUCAGCCGGAGCUGCCAAUGGGCACUCAAAUGGUGGUCAGAUGCUCCUCAGACUAUAAGCAAACAGGCGAUGAUGGCCUGCAGUUUUGCCACGGUAACGGAAGCUGGCGUGGUCACAAGCCAGAGUUUACGGUAGUCUGCAAGGCUACCAUCUUGUCACCAUACGUCGUGAUUACCAAUAAUCUCUGUUUCCAAAAAGUGUCUAUUAAGAGUGUGGCGUCUACAGAACCGGUGCUCUAUACAGUGGCCGAGGGUGGAAGGUACAAUAAUACCUUUCGGCCCCACGAGCCUCAUCCCUACAAACUGCACAAUGUUUCCUAUAUUCACAUACUCCAAUUGAAGUCCAAUUUUCAAACCAAAUUUCCUUGCAGUGUAUCGGAUGGAAUGCUCGAAGGUUCUUUGUCCCUGAUCCAUUUGAUACAGCCCCUGGAGUUUGGUGUGAAGCUUAGGCCUGUCUGCCUGACCGAGGAUGUGACCUCCGAUUGGGUUACCAAAGGGGAUUUCAAUGGCACCUAUAUAGGGGAUGCCACCAUAGAUGAUUCAAGGAUAUCAGGACGAUACGAGCUGAAGGAAGUAAUUGGGAAUGCCUAUGAGAAGUACCACAUCAGUGCCUUUAUGAAGGCCAUCCAAAAUGACAUUGCUGAGACACAGGCGAAGGGGAACAUUUAAUUCACUUUAUUACGGGUUGAGUUUUGUGGUUAAUCGGAAAUCAAUUUACAUCAACUGAGAGGAACACACAUCUACUAUUGACAAUUAUAUAAGUAUGUAUGUAUAUUCAGCUGGAUAUCCGAUCGGGAACUAUAUCUUAGCCAUUCAAAUCGUACUGUAAUCUGCUGUAAUCGUUAGACGGUAAAACAAAUAAUCAUUUAGCUCAGCUAUCUGAA